CACAAAUCGUACGUGCUCUUAACUCCUCAUGUCCCAUAAGUACCAUGAAGCUAUAAACUAAAGCUUCCACUCUCACCCUCCCCAACUAAAUAGUAAUUCCGUACCCAAAAAAGCACAAAACAACAUGAAUCGUCACAUUCGUACACCUAUGAUGAAUUUUCAACAAGUAUAUCCUCAUCUCUUUCAACAAGAGAUUUCAAAUUUGGGAAAUUCUAGUGUAAUGAAAAAGGAAGAGCCUAGAUGUGCACAAAUGACAAUUUUUUAUGAUGGGAAAGUAAUUGUGUUUGAUGAUAUUCCAGCUGAAAAAGUCAAGGGCAUCAUGGUCUUUUGCACCAAAGGAACUACUCCUACCUCUCAUUCUCAAAACCACAACAAUAACAACUAUGCUUUCAGAUUUGCUCAGAGUAACCCAUCAUUUCUUGCUAUAAAUUCAGCCAACAAUUCUCUUCAAAUGCCAUCCACACCUGUUAUUUAUGAUUUACCAAUGACUAGGAAAGCUUCACUUCAUCGGUUCUUGGAGAAAAGGAAGGAUAGAAUUGCUGCUAGGGCACCAUAUCAAACAAGUAACCAAAAAAACCAUAAUAAGCCAAUUAAUGAAUUCAUGUCAUGGCUCUCCUUGGCACCACAAUCACCACAAGACCACAGAUCAGAAUGUAGCUCCAGCUCUGUGUUUCUUUAACUUUUCUUUGUUUAACUCUAUAUAUCUAUGAACUAAAUGUUUGUGUAUGUUGUGGCUCAUGCUUAUUAGUACCCAUAAUUAAUUAAGAAGAGUGUAGUUCUGAUUGACCCAAAAGAAGUCUAAUUCUGGAAACCUCUACAUUCACUGUAUAUGCAUCUAUUUAGCAGUGUUGUUAUAGAAAAUGUCCUCAAUAAUCAAUAUGAUCAUUCUUCUCUCCAUA